AACAUAUUCCCUUUGCCUUCACUACCAUCCCAACACUCCCACAACACACACAAACUCUUUCCUUUGAUUUCUUCCUUUGACACUGACAAUACCUUUCAUUCUCGCUCUCCAUGGAAGCGAUCAAUAGAUGCUCUUCCUCCACUUCUUCCUCUGACUCUUCCACUUCCGGCUCUUCCUUUUCCAGCAACCCCCGGAGGAUUCGGGACAACCCCGACAGAAUCAAAGGCCCCUGGAGCGCCGAAGAAGACCGGAUUCUGACCCGACUCGUUGAACGAUACGGGCCCCGAAACUGGUCCCUUAUCAGUCGUUACAUCAAGGGAAGGUCGGGCAAGUCCUGCCGCCUGAGAUGGUGUAACCAGUUGAGCCCCAGCGUGGAGCACCGUCCAUUCUCACAGGAAGAGGACGACACCAUCAUAGCGGCUCAUGCCCAGUACGGUAACAGGUGGGCCACCAUCGCCCGGCUGCUCCCGGGUCGGACCGACAAUGCGGUGAAGAACCACUGGAACUCCACGCUCAAGAGAAGGGUGAGGGAGCAGCGUUCGGCGGAGGGAGGCGAUGCCGGUGUUGCCAACGAGAGGGUUCUUAGUUCUCCGGGAUCUGUGCAGCCCUGCAUGGUAUCGGAAAUGGAAAAUGACCCGUUGACGGCAUUGACUCUGGCGCCGCCUGGAGCUAAUGGGGAGGUGGCCGAGCGCCGGCCAAGUUCGGAGAAUGUGCCGGCGGGUUUCUGGGACGUGAUGAGAGAUGUGAUAGCGAGGGAAGUCAGAGAAUAUGUUUCUUCCACGUUUUCUGAGAACCCGGGUUUCCAUUGACAUUCGACAUGAAUGAAUGGCAUGCCUCUUGUAACUUUCGCCCUGGUCUGGGAGCGGAAUAUCGGUUUUCACAAUUCCGCUUUUGGUGUGAAUAAGGAUUUUCAUUUUAUGGGUAAAAAUGUUUUUUCGUUUCAAUUCCUUUUCAGUUUCACUCCUUCACUGUUCAACCUAAAAUCGCGCCAUAUAUUCCUCAUAUCAACGUUGCCAUACGAAAUAUCAAUAUUUAUUACAUUGAUCGCGUUCGACGCAGUGGCCAUUAAGAAAGGCCAGUUUCUAUGUGAAGUCAUAAUUUGAUGCUGA